AUGCCACCGAAAUCCCGAAAAUUUCUAAAUAAAAUAGAAAAGCUCACUCGCAAGGAUGCACGGCAAUUUGACAAGGAGAUGGCCCUCUACAUGGAGCAAAUCACAGACUUUCAAAACUUUGUUGAUCGUGUUGACGAUUGGUACAACAAAAAUGAGAAACGUUACUUAAAAUUUAUGUCUUUGUACGGAGAGGAUGUGAUCUCUGAGACUGAAUUUAAACUUGCCUUUCGUAACCUACGCGCACCAUUCACAGCAUUGGAGGAGCAUAUAAUCUGUAGAAUGAUUGACCCGGGAAAGAGUGGACAGGUUGAAUAUGCCAAACUGUACGAGGGGAUAUGGAAAGCAUUAGCUAAUAAAUACGUCCAAGAUGAUGAUCCAAAUGUACUUGAUUUGGAGCGACCUGAUCAGUGGCUAUUGGCAACAUUCAAGGUGCCAACGUAUGAGCCACUGGAUAUGCCAACAACAUUCGAAGCCUUGAUAACUCAAGACCAAACCGGUUUCAUGCUACGUGAUCUGAUUCGCAUGAAAGUACCAGAAUUAGCAACAAAGGCUAUUGUUGUUUUUACUGAAGCUAGUAAAUACACCGAAUCGUUAAUAAAGUGUCAACAGAAGCUGUCAGAAUUCAACUUCACCGGGGGACCAAAAUGUGCGCCGACUGAAAUAAAUCUUUACUACGACUACACAAUGGGAAGAAUAGACUGUCCAUUGAUAGGAGAAGUUUCCUACUAUGGAUCAGAGCGAACCCAAGGUAGCUCUUCACAGAGCCUUCAAAACAGUUACUUUGACUGA